AUGGAGCUAUCGCCACCUCCCUCAGGUCUAGAAGCAGAAUAUGAAGAACUUUUCACCACCAACUCCCUCCUCUUCCUCCAUGAGCUGAUCUCCACAUUUGAUGAUGAGGUGGAUGAGGUCCUGCAGUUACGACAGUCCAGAAAGGCCCACUUGGACCUUUCAGGUGACCUGCCAAGCUUUCUGGAAAGCACCACACACAUCAGGGGAGACCCAGACUGGAGGGUGCGCCCCGUCCCACCAAGGCUCCAGAGACGACAUGUGGAUAUUGGGGAUAUGGCUCCCUGCAAUACCCAGCGCUUCAUUAAAGGUCUCCUGUCACCAGCACAAGGCAUACAGGUUGACUUUGAUGAUGGGAACUGUCCUACAUAUCACAACCAGAUCAAAGGCAUCCAUAAUGUUUGUAAGGCGGUUCAUAACCAGUUCCCAGAUGUUCCACACAUAUCUCAGGCUCCAGUGCUGAUGCUUCGUCCCCGUGCCUGGAACAUGGUUGAGCACAACAUGAUGGUGGAGGGGAAGGAGGCUCCUGGUCCUCUCUUUGACUUUGGACUCCUCAUGUUUCACUGUGGAAAGACACUGUUUGAAAACAAGAGUGGACCCUUUUUCUACCUGUCAAAAGUGGAGAGCACCAUGGAGGCCAGACUAUGGAACAAGAUCUUUGUCUGGACACAGCAAAAGCUGGGCCUGCCACUGGGCUGCAUCAAGGCAACAGUGCUCAUUGAAAAUGUACUAGCAGCAUUUGAGAUGGAGGAGAUUCUCUAUGAGCUACGAGACCAUUCAGCAGGACUCAACUGUGGCAUCUGGGAUUAUUCAGCCUCCUUUGUCAAUAAGUUUGGCCACAGAAAGGCCUUCCUGCUGCCCGACCGCAGUAAAUAUGUCAACAUGGAGAAGCGUUUUCUGCGCAGCUACAUGGACCUGUUGGUUCAGACGUGUCAUCGGAGGGGAGCGCUGGCCACAGGAGGCAUGGCUGCCCUGCUGUUACCUCAGGACCCGCUCAGCGACUCCCACAGGAGUGUGUUGGCGACUGUCACCAGACUUAAGCUGCUGGAGAUCAAGGCAGGUGUGGACGGUUUCAUGGUAUAUGACCUGAGUUUGAUCGAGCCCAUGCAGAAACUCUUCAAGCUCCACACUGAAGGUGAUAACCAGCUUCACCAACUUCGAAAUGAUGUCACUGUGGCUCCUGAAGACCUACUGUCCAUGCCUUCGGGAGGAGUCACCCUUUAUGGUUUGAAGUAUAACAUUGCAGUUGGUGUCCUCUUUAUUAAUGCUUGGCUAUCAGGUAAUGGCCAUUUUUUCUACAGAGGCCAGGUUGAAGAUUCAGCCACAGCAGAGAUUUCCAGAUCUCAGGUGUGGCAGUGGAUCCGUCAUCAGACUCAGCUGGAGGACGACAGCAGGGUGGUGAGCAGGCGGCUGGUGACUGACCUCACCAGCGACGUCAUGAUGGAGCUCAGCGCUCUCUGUCACUCUGUUAGGGAGAAACAGAAGUUACACACAGCAGCAGACAUGUUCAUGGAGAUGGUACUAAAGAGAGAUUUCCCAGAGUUCAUCACCACCUACCUGAAUCAGGACCACACCUUUCUCAGCUCCCAGACCUCUGGACAGGUGGAGGCUCUGGACUCAGACAUGUGCCAGUCCAAACUGUGA